GAUGCAUACCCACACCCACACCCUUACCCACACCCACGCCCUCACCCACACCCACACCCUCACUCACACCCACAUCCACACCCCACACCCUCACCCACACCCCAUAUCCACACCCAUACUCCACCCACACCCUUUUUAUGCUGUAUGUUGUGAUUUAUUUUGUUUUUUAAUAAAACAAACUAGAUGAUGAAAAAAUAUAGAAUACAAAAAAGCAGCAAUUUAAUGUGCGCUAGCCGUCAAAUAAUGAAAAUAGCCUAAGUAUGAAAUAUUUAUGGGCAUGUGUUUUUCAAUAUUAUCGAAUUUGAGUUAAUAUUUUUGAAGAUGAUACACGUGUAUGAUUUUAUAGCUAUUUUCGACAGGAUUUUAUGCAUUUUUUAUUUGUUGAAUAAGAUAACACUUAUUGCCACAAGCGUUGGUCAAUAUGAUCAAUCAUCAUGGUGGAAUCGAUAUAAAAAUCUCUCAGAAGGUAUGAAUUUCUUUGCUGGUAUUCAAGCAUUAAAUGAACGUCCAACAGUAAAUGAUGAUGAGCUUUAA